AUGUUGCGUAUCUCAUGGUCGACCGACACCCUCUCUCCGGAGAACACCAACACACUGCUACCAUUCGCUUACGCCGGCCUCUUCCUCCUAGCCUGGACAACAGCCUACCUACUCGGUAGACUUCUCCCCCGAGCUAGGGAGGAACCACUCGCCGACCAAACCCCCCCACUAUUGACACCCCGACGCACUCGACGACUACAACGCCUCCUCCUCCAACGUGCGGCCUCUUUUGGAAACCCUACAGGAAGCGAUCCGGGUUGGUGUUUCCUAACACUAACCUCCAGGGACUUCCACCCCUACCUCAUCGGCAUCGGACCAUACCCAUCGCCUGUCAAGGUCUUGAAUACCCUUCAUCGGUUAGGAGCACCACUACUCCCUGCCCUGGUCACCUGUCAUGGGGGCACAGCCCACGUCACCAACGCCCCCGGCGCCCACACGGCCACACGACUCUUACGGACGCGAAGGGUAGGAGCCAAACUAAAGAUCGGACAACUACACCACCCCGGCGACUGCGAACCCUUUGAAGUACCAAUACGGCUAUCUCGGAACAAGGACGCGCUCCACGCGCUGGUGGACACCGGAGCCACCGGAUAUGGGUUCAUUGACGCUUCCUUCGCCAAGGCCCGCGGAUACGCCCUCGAAGAACUCGCGACCCCGAGACAUUUGCAAGUGAUCGAUGGACGAGCCAUCGCCUCCGGAGCCAUCACCCACUGUUGCAAACUCCGCCUCGAGAUGAAUGAUCAUGUGGAAGGGGCCUCCUUGUUUAUCACAAAACUCGGCGACGUGAAAGUGGUCCUCGGACUCCCCUGGCUACAACACCACGCUGCCGAAAUACGGUUCGCCGACCGAUCCAUCUCCUUCCACGCCGAACGCUGCCAACAGCACACUGCAACUCUCUGGACCUCCACCCUCACCUGUCCCCCAUUGACCUCCUCCGCCGCCACCCUGCCGCCCCCGCCAAUACCCCCGAGACCAAGCACCACCAUCCCCUUGCACCCGCCGCCGAUACCCCCAAGGCCAGCCACCCCUCGCCGCACGAUUACCUUGUCCGCCGCCCGAUUCCGCAGAGAAGCACAACAACCGGACAAACAGCUUUUCCUCCUCGCAGCCCGAGCCCCAAGCCCAAACUCAGCGCCGUCCCAAUCAACCGACGAACUGAACCUUCGUCUGGCGGCCGCACUACAGACCCCCACACCCUCCAAAGUGGCACCAUCCCGCCAAAGGGAACUAGAGACCGCACUGGCCAAGGACCCUCUAUCUAAACAACUCAUUAAGGAUAUCGCGGCCAAGAAGAAACACUCCCGCUUCUUACCCAUAGGUGAAUGCACAGUUAAGGAAGGAUUACUGUACUAUCAGGGCCUACUAUACAUCCCUGACGACGCCGCUGUCAAGUUGGAGAUCCUCCGCACCCACCAUGAUGCACCUUCGGCCGGACACCCAGGACGGGCACGCACGCUGGAACUACUGUCCCGGAACUUCUACCGGCCCCAAAUGCGGAAGUACGUUGGCCGUUAUGUGGACCACUGCGAUACCUGCUCCCAAAUUAAGCCGGCCCGACACGCCCCGUAUGGCCUCCUCAAACCAUUGGCUCCCCCAGUCAAACCUUGGUCUUCGUUAUCCAUGGACCAUGUUACAGGCCUACCCGAGUCCCAAGGAUCUAACGCCAUCUUAGUAGUGGUCGACCGGCUAACCAAAAUGGCCCACUACAUCCCCACGAGAGACACCGCCGACGCCCCGGAACUGGCCCGACUAUUCCUACAACACAUCUGGAAAGCACACGGGCUGCCGAAAGACAUAGUAUCAGACAGGGGCACAACCUUUACCUCGCAGUUUUGGAAGUCACUCUGCGGCCAACUGGACAUCAAACCCCGAUUCAGCACAACCUUCCACCCACAAACAGACGGACAGACCGAAAGGGUAAACGUCAUUAUGGAGCAAUACUUAUGGGGCUACGUCAACUACCAACAGGAUAACUGGGCAGAGUUCCUUCCCCUGACAGAAUUCGCGCAUAACAAUGCCUCUACGGAACCGUUGGGAGUCAGCCCGUUCUUUGCCAACUAUGGGUAUAAUCCCCAACUAGACGUUCUCCCUGCUGAAGAAACGCGCAAAGUCACACCGAAGGAGGUACUGGAAUUUACGAACUCAAUCUCCACCUUACAGGCUGCCCUGCGAUCAGAGAUCCUGUAUGCACAAGCCGCCGCCGCCGAUAGUGCAAACGCCGCCCGACUUCCAGAGCCCUGA